CCUAAGAAGAAACGAAAAUUAAAAACACGCAAACAUACAUACAUACAUCUGUGGAUUUUUGACGAAACCACUCAGUCGACUUUAGAAGUUUUGGCUUUGGGGUUGAUAAAUCUUGAUAUUUCACGAAAAAAAUUCAAUAUUUUAAUUAAACUUUUGUUAAGCAUGAUUCUGAAGUGACAGCUGUGAACAAUAAAAUUUUAAAUAUUUCACCAAAUCCCAGUAUUUUAGUUCUAUAUAUGUAGAAAUUGCUAAAUCGACUUAAGUUGUUUUGAGAAAAGCCCACAGAUAUGUAUAGGUGAAUGGUUUUCUUAUUGCGGGUAAAGUGUGCGAAAGACGGGAUUUAUUAUUUAUUGCCGCUCGCCAACGAUUGUGGCUUUUCUAUGUCCGAAGUGUUGUUAAGAUGUUAUGAUUUUGUUUAUUGCUGUUGUUGUUGUUCGCGUGUAUAUUAAAGCAUAAUACUCGUAGCGCAUGCACGCACGUUGACAGCCGUUAGACAAGUGCCUAACAACACAAUAGCACCAACGAAGAGAAAAGUGAAGACAAAAGCGGCGCAUUAAACAAAAGCAUUGCUCAACUUCAAAAAAAAGUUAACGGUAAAGAAAUUGUUAAAAAAAAGGGGCACAGUAAAUAACAAAUCGAAGUAGACCUAAAUACAUAAGAACCCAAAAAAAAUAUUUUUUAAAUACCAAAAUAUUUUUCUUUGCAUUAAAAACUAAGUUUGACACCAUGAGUCUACGCAAGCCAACACCUUUCCACAGAGCCAAUCCCACCUAUGAAAACACUGAUAUACAGGGCAGUCCGCAAAACAUUAUGUACUUUUUUUUGUGCUUUCUGUUGCUUGCAACAUAUUGCUUCAGCACCACAAAAGCAAUUAACAUAGUGGAUUACUUGCCAAUUGGCGCACAUGGUGACUCCAUAAAAACCGAAGCAGAGCGCAUGACUAUAGUGCUACCACAAGGUUUUAAACCACAAGCGCCUCCCUUUAAACCGAUGCUUUUGCCUUUUGGCACACCAGCACCCAGUAGCCCGUCCGGCGGCUGGAAACCCAUUAUUGGUGAUGCUGUCACGCCACCUCACAACAUUGUAAUGCCACCUCCAGCUCCGCUGGUGCCACCGCCCCUUGUAAUGUUGCAGGAUCGCAUUGAUACAGUGUCACGCGAGCAAAGCGUCGAACCUGAGAAUGGUCCAGUGUUGGAGUCGAUUGUAUAUGGCACAUGGAAACCGGAACGACCGCUCAGACCUGACGAAAUGCACAUGCCAGUCAUGCGUUCCGCUACACCAACGCUAGCAGUCUACACCCGCAAACGACCUACUUCUUCCUUGGAACAUCUCGGCAUACAACAUCAGAUCACUGACACGCAAGAUACCGGCGCAAAAUUUAAUGAGCCAACCGCACAUAGGCGCAUAUCGACAACACGCGCACAUCACUCUGUCGCCACGCCACCUAAAUACAUAAAUGUCAAUAUUUCUGAUCCGAAUUUAUUGGAAAUGGCCAAGAAUGGCCACUCGCAAAAAAUGAACACUUGGCCUCAGUGGACAUCCGAAAUUUCAAUCGAUAACGAAAGUGAAAUUAAGACGGAAAUACAAAAAGAAUUUGAAGUUGAAACGGAUACGGAGACGGAGAUGACAACGGAAACACUAACCAAUGAUAUUGGCAAGGUGUGGCCAACAGAUUUCAUUGCUUCAUUGGAACAAGGCACAAAACAAAAGGAGGCAAGAAAAAACGUCACUUACACUUUUCUGGGUGAUAGUUCUGAUCCCCCGCUAGCUUCAGGCAGGUUAAAUAUACCCAACCCCUUGCUGCCAAAGCUACCGCCGUUUAACAUCACCAAAGUAGGUAUUCCCUACGAAAAACAAAACUCUGCCGAGGAGCCCACAAUUUGUGUACCUCUUAUCGUUCUUGAGGAGUUAAGUCAGUUAGAGGUAAUAGAAAUGGAACGGGUUUAUUGUUUUCCACUACCACCACCUCAAAAAGGGUCUCCUAAGCCGAAAUAUGUGACGUCAAAAGUGGAGAAUUUUACAGAAUAUGAGGCGGUAAACGCGUCGCCAAGGAUUCGUUUGAAUUAUAUAAACAUUUUAGGCAUAAGUACAAUUAUAUUAAUUUUGAUAAAGCUCGAAUACUCUUAAAAAGAAAAUAA